AUGAGUCAUUGUCGAAUUCUUGCUGAAAAUAUCAAUUCAGAUCAAUUCGAUUUACAACGAGCUGCUGAAGGACUUCUUUGGAAAUUAGAAAGAGAAGACGAAGCUGUUGCUAAACCGAUUAUUUUGAAUUCGUACCAAUACGAUAUCAUGAUAAGUUAUUCACACAAAGAUAAAGAAUUAUGUCUUCAAAUUCAUGAACAACUAGUGAAAGACGGAUUUAAUGUUUGGGUUGACAGAGACUGUUUACGUGGAUCAACAAUGGUAGGCAUAGCAAAUGCUAUUGAAAAUUCUGAAUAUGUACUCAUCUGUAUGUCGAACACUUACAAAGAAAGUGUCUAUUGUCAAUCGGAAGCACAUUAUGCAUUCGAACGUGGAUGUCAUCUAGUUCCAAUUAUGCUAGAAUCUAAUUAUAAACCUGAUGGAUGGCUCGGUAUCAUUUUUAAUGGUAUUAUAAUAUCAAAAGGAUUGAAUGCUUAAUUUAUAUUUUAUUCUGUUAAUACAACAAUUAAAUUAAUAAAACAAGGUAAAGCUUAUAUUCAAAUUAAUAAUUAUCCAUAUUAAAGUGAUUUAUUAUCAAUGGCAGACUUAAGUUCAAUUUUUGCAGCAACAAUUCGAAUUUUUUCACAAGCUCUUAUGAUUUUUGGUGGUGUUGUUCCAUAUAUUCCUCAAUAUUUAAUAAUACAACGUUCUCAAAAUGCUGAAGGUUUUUCUAAUUAUGUAUGUCUUACAUUACUUAUUGCUAAUAUUUUACGUAUUGAAUUUUGGUUUGGUAAACAUUUUGAAAUUCCUCUUCUUGUUCAAUCUAUUAUAAUGAUUAUAUGUAUGCUUAUUAUGCUUGAACUUUGUAUACGUGUUUAUUCAAAAUCUGUAUCUCAUCAUUUACCUCUUAAUCAACAAAAUUUAUCACAUACAAAAGAAGUAACACCAGAUAUUCGUGAAAAAAAAUUUACUGAUUUUCAAAUGGAUGAUUUUUGGAAAUGGACAACAUUAACAAGUUAUCUUCAAUUUUUAUUUGUAUUUACUUUCAUGUUAAGUACAACAACAUGGUUACUUCUUGAUAAUACAUAUUAUAUUGAAAUAAUUGGAUUUCUAGCUGUAUUUUUCGAAGCUUUAUUAGGUACACCACAAUUUAUGCGUAAUUUUCGAUUGAAAUCAACUGAAGGAAUGAGUGUAAAAAUGGUUCUUAUGUGGACAUCAGGUGAUAUAUUUAAAACUGUUUAUUUUAUUUUACGAAAUGCACCAAAACAAUUUUGGCUUUGUGGAAUGUUACAAAUUAGUAUUGAUAUAGCUAUACUUUGUCAAGUUGUUUUUUAUUCUGACAAAUAUCGAUUUCGUAAACGUUAA